AUGCCGUUCAAUUUCGGAGGUAAACCGAGCUCGUCGGGGGCUUCAAGCGGCGGCCUAUUUGGAUCGGCUGGCGCCCCGAACACGGGCUCAGGCGGCGGUAUCUUUGGAAAUAUAGGAGCAACCACAAGCGGCACUGCUUCACCUUCGCCAUUUGGAACCGCCGCGGCGUCCAACCAAGGCGGCUCUUUAUUUGGUGCCAACGCUGGCAGUGGUAGCAGCACUCCUCCAUUCAACUUUGGUGGCGCGGCUUCUAGCGCACAAACACCCAACAAGCCAGCAGAGACGCCAGCAUUGGGGGCAACUGGCACCGGUGGAAUGUUCGGUGGUGGUAGCAAACCUGGAGGCGGCCUUUUUGGAACUACAGCAACUCCUGCAUCGUCUGGCUCAACCCCACUCUUUGGCGGCCAGCCGUCUACUACUCCUGCUGGUCCUCCGCCACAGGGAGGUGCUGCCGCACAGGGUUCAUCUCUGUUCGGACAGCAAAAGUCUGGCGGCCUCUUUGGACAAGCAACAACCUCGUCAGGAUCUAAUUCAACGCCCGCUACGUCUGCACCUUCACUUUUCGGUGGGGCUGGUCAGUCCGGUGGCAGCAACUUGUUCAAAACGACAACACAAGAGAGUGCCCCAUCGUCUACUACUACUAGCAGUAACCUGUUUGGCAAUCUCGGCGCAAACAAACCAGCCGAACCCAUAAAGCCUGCGACACCUGCAAACAACGCACCGAAAUCUCUCUUUGGAACUGCCCCCGCCUCGAGCACACAAACAUCUUCUGUCUUUGCGGCUCCGUCAUCUGGCGCUGAUGCAGCAUCGAAGGACACCCAGACAGCCACAUCCUCGGCUACUCCACAGAAACCUCUCUUCUCUCUCGGUGGAACAACGUCAUCUGCUGCGUCUUCUUCUACUCCCGCAGCUGCUCCUUCCGGUGGCUUAUUCGGGGGCCUAGGCACAUCAAAACCCGCAGAAACCACUGCAUCACAGCCCGCAGCAUCAACAGGGAACUUGUUUAGCAAGCCCGCCGAGACUGCGACCACGCAACCCCCAAGCACAUCCGCAGAAUCCACCACAGCCGGCACUGCCGCCAAGCCAUCGUUGACUGCGACAUCUGGUCCUACCACAGCCGCCACCACUACAGCAACCACAGGUACGGGUGCUACCACCGCAACUGGCGGACCUGCUCUUGGCGCAUCGACUGCUGGCCCGCCUCCCCCGGCACAAUCGCGCCUUAAGAACAAGACUAUGGAUGAAAUCAUCACCCGAUGGGCGACAGACUUGACCAAAUACCAGAAGGACUUCCGGGAUCAAGCCGAGAAGGUCGCUGAAUGGGAUAGGUUGAUUGUUGAGAAUGGCAGCAAGGUGCAAAAACUGUAUGGCAGCACAGUGGACGCCGAACGUGCCACCCAGGAAAUCGAACGCCAACUCGCUACUGUCGAGGGGCAGCAAGAUGAGCUGAGCUCGUGGCUUGAUCGGUAUGAACGCGAGGUCGAUGAGAUGAUGUCCAAGCAGGUCGGCCCUGGCGAGAGUCUACAAGGGCCUGACCAGGAGCGUGAGCGAACCUACAAACUCGCCGAGAAGCUCUCUGAACGCCUAGAUGAUAUGGGCAGAGAUCUUUCAAGCAUGAUCGAGGAGGUCAACAACGCCUCGUCAACGCUCAGCAAAACAAACAAGGCCGACGAACCGAUUUCUCAAAUCGUUCGCAUUCUCAACUCGCAUCUCUCCCAGUUGCAGUCCAUCGACAUGGGUACCACUGAACUCCAGACCAAAGUCGCUGCGGCACAGAAGGCUGGGCAGAGCGUGUCGGCACGCUUCGGGCACGGACUUAGUAUGUCAGGUGUCGGGAGUGCAAGUGCCGCGGAUGACUUUUACCGCUCCUACAUGGGGCGCCGGUAA